AUGGUUAGUAAUAAUGAUUACGAUGAAACGAUCAAUGCACCUCAGUAUGCAACAGAAGACGAAAUACUUGCCUCUUUUGGCUACAAGCAGGAAAUGAACAAGACGAUGUCGACUAUAUCCAAUUUCUCAAUUGCCUUUGGAUGCUGCUCUAUCCUUUCUGGUCUUACGCCUAUGUGGGGUGAUGCCAUGAUGUCUGGUGGAUCCAUCGCUAUCAUCUGGGGUUGGAUCUUAGUAUCUGCCUUUACCUUUGGUGUAGGUCUCUCGCUCGCAGAAAUCUGCUCUGCUUAUCCUAUCACUGGCGGUCUUUACAUUUGGGUCUCCCGCCUAGCUCCUCCCGAGUGGGUUCCCGUGAUGUGUUGGAUAACCGGUUGGUGCAACUGGCUCGGUCUGACAGUAGCCAUCACGUCAGCCGAUUUGGGUCUUGCUCAAUUUAUGUCAUCCAUCAUUGGCAUCAGCAACCCAGAAUACAAUGCUGGUAUCUAUUGGCAGUACGGCAUCUUUCUUGUGAUCGCAGUGAUUCACGGUAUCAUCAACUCAAUGCACGUCAAGUACAACGGAUUCUUCAAUCAAGCUUCACUUUAUUGGCACCUUGCUGGCACCCUCUUGAUCAUCAUUGUCGCGCUAGCUUUGACGCCCAACAAACCAAGCGCCAAGUGGGUAUUUACCUAUUUUGAAAACGACACUGGAUUCUCCUCAAACUCUUUUGCCUUUUUGAUCGGUCUCUUACAAUCCCAGUAUACGCUUUCUGGAUUUGACAGUGCAGCACAUAUGUCAGAAGAGACACGCGACGCUGCUCGAUCUGCACCUCGAGGCAUCUUGUACGCGAUAGGAACAGCCGCCAUAACCGGCUUCGUCUUUAUGCUCUCUGUCAAUUUCUGCGUCCAAGACUUUGAGCGACAGAUCGUGAAUACUGAACUGAGCCCACAAAUGACUCAAGUCUUUUUGGACGGCGUUGGCUACAGCUGGACCGUCGUGUUCACCGUGAUUAUCAUGGGCGCCAUGUUCUUUUCUGGCUCUGCGCUCACUCUAGGUAGCUCGAGAAUGGUCUACGCCUUCGCUCGUGACGGUGCCACACCCUGGAGUCGUUGGUUGAGCGUGAUUCACAAGACGACGCAGACACCCAUCUAUGCUGUCUGGGCAAACAUUCUCUUUGCUUGCAUCAUUGGUGUGCUCUAUAUUGUCAACACAACAGCCUUUAAUGCCAUCGUCUCGAUCAACACAAUCGCUUCGUCUCUUGCUUACUUUAUCCCCAUCUUCCUUCGACUCACCGUGGCUCGUAAAAGUUUCAAGAGGGGGCCAUUUCACCUGGGCCCGUUUUCGGAUAUCAUCAAUUUCUUGAGCUGUUUUUGGAUUCUUUUCACAUCAGCCUUGUUUGUCUGUCCAACAGAAUAUCCAGUCACCGCAGCAAAUAUGAAUUAUGCUUCGGUUAUUUUUGUCUUUGUCAUGGUAUGCUCACUUAGUUACUACCAUUUCCGUGCAAGAUAUUGGUUCCAUGGACCAGGUAGAAGCCUACAGCCUGAUCCGACCGUGUUUGAAGAUAACAUGGAUGAUUCUAUUACCCGCAUUAGUAAAGAUGAUAUAUCUGACAUCAAGAAAAGGAAGGCGACAUCAAGUGCGAACCCAAAUUAACUUCCUUCUCACUGUACAUAGAGCAUUUAUAUAGACUUAUACCCCCCUUCUCUUUUUUUUUUUU